CUGGUCUACACGUCUCUCUCCCUCUCUGUGUCUGAUCGUAUCUCUCUCUGUGUCUGAUCGUGGCAAUCAUUUGAAUUACGACGGUUGUCAUCAUCUGACUGAUGGGUCAAAGUUAAUAUAGUGAGGAAUUCUCUCUCUCUCUCUCUCUCUCUGUCUGUGUGUCGGGGUGUUUGUUGCUCCUUCUGGAAGCUUCUGAUCCGUGAUUACUUGUGGUUUAACGUAGAAAGCAGUGGCUGAGAUCUCGUCGGAAUGAGGGGAGAAUCGGGGGCUAGUAUUGUCCCGCGAAUAGAACGCAUGCGUGUUAUUGGGGCCACGUUGCAGUAGUAAUCUACUAAUCUGUAGGAAUUGCUGGUCUGAUCGUCGUGAACGUGGAGAAAUUCGGCGGCUCCUAUCUUCUCUCGAAUACAACGCAUGUGUAUAAUUCGGGGCACGCUGCAGUGGUAGGACCAGUCUGCAGCGAAAGCGCUGGUAUCUCGUCGGGACGAGUCGGGACGUGGGGAGAAUGAACGGCUAGUAAUCUCUCGCCCGAAUACAACACGUCCCUUUUGGCCCCGCGUCUCAGCAGCAGUCUACUGUCUAUCUAAAGUGAUUAUGAUGGUUAUGAUUAUGGUUAUGAUGACGAUUAUGAUGAUGAUUACAAGAGUGUCGUAAACAUUUUAGUUGUCGUCUCCUGUUGAGUGAGUAUGGUGCUUCUUCAGUGAAGCUUCCUUGCAUUUCGGUUCGAUCUGGUGAAUCUUCCUCGAUUGUUCGAUGAAUUGCCGCAAGGAUGGUUGAGCUCGCGCGUGGAUCUUGCGAUUGUUAAUUAAUCAUUCAAUAAUUAAUUAAUCAUGGCACGAAGUUCAGGGAUGGUUUUGCUGCCGUCAACAAAAAUAUGACCACGAAUGGUGGAGGUGCUGACGUACGUGGUGGAUUGCGGCGCGCUUUUCUGCAGUUGAUGACGUGGAGGCUUCUCAGCCAGCAGUCUGGCUGGUGUUGAAUUCUCUUUAUGGGGUAGGUCGGCGCCUCCCGGCUUUUUUAAGUCUCUUUUUAAUUUUUUAUUAUUGUUAUUAUUAUUUUUAAGGUUGGUUUCGAUUCUAAUUUUCGCAAAAAAAAAAAAAAAAGGCGUGCUGUGAGGCUUCUCAGCCAGCAGUCUGGCUGGUGUUGAAUUCUCUUUAUGGGGUAUCCGCAUAUGCUAGUAGGAUCUGUGUGCACACGGCUGUCGUCCCAUGUGUCCCUCAGUGGGUCUUCGUCUGCUAUGGCUGUCGCCGCCCCAACUUUGCAUUCCACAUCGUCGUCAUCAGUAGUAGCGGGCACGGCUGGAGAUUUCUCCCAACAGUCGGACUGUUGCAGAUCCCAAGCGCGGAAGCGGAUAGGCAUAGCAAGGAACCUCCACGUCAGCAGCCGGAGAUCGGCUUGUACCCAUGAGUUUUGCUCGCCGAUUCGGUUGCCUCCCGCAAGACAGCCGUUAACGGACACCUGUCAGCAUCUACAAACUUGUCUUCUCUCUCACACUCAACACUCUUGUGCCGAUCUGCCGACGAUAUGGCAUGCAGUACGUCCAUUCCACUCGCCACUGACGGACACCGUUCAUCUCAGUGGGUACCGCAUCCUACCGCCCGUGGUCACCAGUCCUGCCAGCAGCGUCGCAACUCCAUCAAGAUCGACGGCUGCUCCUUCUGGUGCCGAUCUCGGCUUGGUAUCGUCAGGCAGCAGGGGGAUAGGAGAUGAACUGCAUGCGACAUGUGGCAGGAAAGGCAUCUGCAGCAGCUCUAAUUGUGGUGUGUUUGCCAGGGAUGGGUCCUGGAAUGCGGCAUGGGAUGCGCGCCCAGCUAGGUGGCUCCAAUCGCAACAUUCGACCUGGCUUCUGUUUGGGGUCUGUAGCUGCGCAGUCGUUGCAGCUGCAUUCUCCGACACCUCUGGCAUUCAAUCAGCAGACUGCAGAGAUGUGGAACAAUUGGCGAGUUCGCAGUCACCUGGUCCACCGACUUCCAGCAGCUCGCCUGCUGACGACGUCUUAUCAGCUGGAAAGAUCUCAACACCCCCUCCCGUCUCAGACUCUCCACUGUCACAUUCCUCCUCCCUUUCAUCUUCAACCCCUUCUCUGCAAAGUCUCGAGCAUUCAAGCAAUCAGGGCACCGAGCCAUCACUACGCUCUGCUUCGGCUCCUACGCUUGUACUGCCAGUGCCAGUUGCGGAAAAAGACUUGCCGUCAUCACCAUUACCAUCGUCUCCGUCCUCACUAUCGUCGUCUCUCCCUGGCGUUGGCUCGGUGCAAUCCUCAGGGGCAUCGAAGCCUGCGUUGCUAGCAGUAUCCACAUCGCCGUCAUCCCGCUCGCCGUUGGGGCUGAGCGCCUUAGCCAAGUCGACGCUGUCCAAUUUUGUAUCGCCGAAUUUUACUGCCGCAUGCGAGAGAGUGCAGGAGGAGCAGAGAUCUGGUGGUAUAAGCCGCCCAAGAGCGGCACCAAGGAAUGACGUAUCAACAACGGAUGGUCCGGAUUCCGUCGACGCUGCAACCCCAGUCCCAGCAGCGGACCACGUGUCAGGAAAGAAGGUGCACAGGGACCUCUGCGUGACCGCAAUCCCUGGUGACGGUCGGUGCUUGUUCAGGGCUGUAGCACAUGGAGCAUGCCUGCGCGAUGGGAGGCUAGCACCUACGGAAUCACAGCAGAGGGAGCUGGCUGAUGAACUUCGGAAUAAGGUUGUCGAUGAACUAGUCAAGAAGAGAAGUGAGGUUGAGUGGUUCAUCGAAGGCGACUUCGACACGUAUGUUAGCAAUAUGCGCAAGCCACAUACAUGGGGCGGGGAGCCGGAGUUGUUGAUGUCCUCGCAUGUCCUGAGGAUGCCAAUAACUGUGUUCAUCCCAGAUGCAAAAAGUGGAGGAAUGAUAUCAAUUGCGGAGUAUGGGCAAGAAUAUUCCAAGGACAACCCAAUCAUGGUCUUGUUCAAUGGUGUUGGGCACUACGACGUUUUGCAAAAGCCUCUUGUAAAAAACACUAAGUACAUGUCUCCACCAUCAAAGAUAUAACAAGCUCGUCAUCAAAUGAAAUCAUGGCCAACCUGAACGAGUUGCUCAGUCUACCUUUGAGUUCCUACUGAUGCCAUCUUGAUUCAAGUUUGUUUGUUAACUUCACAAUAUACCAAUGUCUGUGUUGUCAGCGAUAGGCAGAUGUGCAGAGGAACAGAGAACGGGGGGAAAAUGUGUGUGUGUAUGUAUCUGUGUGCGUGUAUGUGUAUGUAUCUGUGUAAGUGUGCGUGUGUGUGUGUGCGUGUGUGUGUGUGUGUGUGUGUGUGUGUGUGUGUGUGUGUGUGUGAGAGAGAGAGAGAGAGAGAGAGAGAGAGUAGCAUCAAGAAUCCGGGGGGGAGGAGAACAUACGAGAGAAGGAGACCAUGGGGGGAAGAUGGGGGAGAGAGAGAGAUAGAGCGAGAUGAAGGUGGAGUGAGAUGAAGGUGGAGAGAGAGAGAGAGAGAGAGCGAGAGAGAGAGAGAGAGAGCAUAUCAGGCAUCUUUGCAGUGAAAAGAGAGGUAGGGAGGUUAAGAAUAGUCGUUGAGGGCUUAAGCCUUCAGGUUUAUCUCUGUGGAGUUUAAAUAUUCGAACUUCGGUUUAGGGUUUUAUGUUGUUCUUCUUUCAUAAAGGUCCCACAGCCCUGAACCAGGGGGAGCUCUAUACAAAUACCAAUCCGGAAGUGUUCAUAUGUCGGUUCCCUGCUUUUGGGAAUCGUUGUUGAGUUGUCGGCAUUGCCUUUGAGGCUUUGACAUCUUCACCUGGACAACAGUUUGUCUCUGUACGCAACGGGAUUGAAGUGAUACAUCAGUUAACUCGUGUAUCGAUAUCAACAUUCACAAUUGGAGUAAUACAAUGUAGCAUCCGUGUACUCGUAUCGAUUUCAGAGUUUCAGAUCAUCAACAUUCACAAUUUCACAAUUUCACAAUUUCAGAAUUUCAGAAUUGUAAUUGGUACGAACAAUUUAAGGGAUGUCAGUCAGGUACAUUCAGUCUCAGUAGACUCUAAGACUUUUGGACAUUGCCAGCAACUUCCAUCUCGUUGUGUGACUCGUUGCAUGACUCGUUGUGUGGCUCGUUGCAUGACUCGUUGUGUGACUCUUUGUCACUCAUUGUGUGACUCGUUGUGUGACUCGUUGCAUGACUCGUUGUGUGACUCGUUGUCACUCAUUGUGUGACUCGUUGUGUGACUCGUUGUGUGACUCAGUGUGACUCGUGUGAGCGAGUUGUGUGGGAGAAUUGUGCGAGUGUGUUGUGUGAGCAUGUGUGGUGUGAUUGUCGUGUGAGCGAGUUGUGUGGGAGAAUUGUGCGAGUGUGUUGUGUGCGCGUGUGUGGUGUGAGACUCAGUGAGAGUGGUGUUCCCUGUGUUCAGCCCGGUAUACAUGUGAAAAAGAUUGAUAUUUCUGAUUUUUCAUGAAUUUCCAAAUUUUCGUUUUUUUCAGAAUUGUAAUUCAUGCG